GUGGUGCCCCAGCUGGUGGCCGUGUCCCACCCUCAAAAAGUCAACAGUGCCACCAACAAAAUGCUAACCUUCGCUCUCGUCUCCGCUGUCGCCCUUGCUCCGGCAGUGCAACAUUCGCCGCUCGCGUUCCGCCCGGUUGCACCGGCGCGGUCGCCGAUCCCGACCGCAGAGCUUCGCCUAGACCAGAAGAUUGCGGGAACGGUGGCGGGAGGCGCGGUGCUCGGGAACCUUCUCUUUCCCUUCCUCAUCGUGCUGAACAAGCUCGGGCUCUACGACCCCCCUCCUCUAAACACCUUCACGUACAUCGCCAACAACGCAAUGGACGCGGCGCGCGCAAGCGGGGAGGUGUCGAAAUGGCUUGCCACCAAAUACUCGCAAGACGUCUGGUCCGACCUGCUGUCCCAGUACUAUUCCGAGGGAUCGAGCACCGAUUUUCUGACGCGAGCCGGCGGCGUCUGCGACCUCCACGCUGCUUGGUGCGAUGGCGUGAUCAUCCCCUGAUCAGGCACGGCGGGCGCACCUUUUUGUGUAGUAUGUCGGCUGCCGCGAGACAGCAGACGCUGUGGAGCUGUGACACUUGUGUCGUCUUUUCCCUCCUCCUCUCCCACAGCUGUAUGUGUACGGUGACAUGCACACGAUAGAG